AAAAACUUUUCAUACUAAAUGAUGUUGUGAUGUUCCUGGUACAACCAGGUUACCUUGGCGCGGGCUUCCACAAUUACAUAGAAAAUUUGUAUUCCAGCCCCAAGCUCUUCAGGGCUCUCCAUGAGCAAAAAUUUGCUGCCUGUGAAGGACUGCCCUCAGAUAACAAAUAACGCCCUCACAAAGAAAUCUGAAGUUUUUUUUUUUUUACUAUUUUAUUCACAUAUUCCACUACUUUUGUGACUCUAAGAGUUUGGGAAAACCAUUUAAAGAAACAAAACAAUUCGUCCACAUGAGUAAUGGUAUGUGAAGAAAUUCAAAAAUUGGACUAACUUUUUUCACCUUUUAGAGCCAAAUUAGAUAAUUUGAAAAAAGUUACUCUCUCUCUCUCUUUACACAAUGCACUAGGACAAGUGGUGAGCUCAUCAUUAAGAGAGCUGGGUUUUCUCUGCACAUUUUGAUAUGAAACACAUGGUAUUGUGUUAUGUAAUUGCCUUUAAAAGGCGAAUUUAAGAAGAUAUGUAAAAUCAAAGAAAAAUUGAAAAAAUGCCUCAAACCUCAAACAUAUGUUCUACUAAUCAAGAUGCUUUAUAUUUACAAAAGGUACUAAUAACUAUAGUUAGCCUAUCUUACUGAUUUAUCUGUAGAAGCAUGAAUAGAUAAGUAUAUAAUAAGUAUAAGUAUAUAAAUAAGUGUUAAAGACGCACAUUGUCCUCAGCAGUAGAAACGUCCACAGCCAGAGUGAGCAGCUCUGACAGGAAGUCAGGCUGAACCUCCAUCAUCAGUGUGCUUGCUGCUCCCAGAAAAACUCGGUUUAUUACAAACUGAUCAUCAACAGAUGCUUGUUUUUACUUUAAGACACUGAACAAACAUGUGGGUCCGCUGGAAAACGGACUUUGAUGGAGUUUUGGUGCAUUUUAAAACAUUUUAGGAGAGAAAUGAGCGGGGAAAGCAGCUGAUACGCGCCGGUCGCGCCGGUGAAUGUGUGAAUUUUGAAGGCUCCGCAAACCAAAUGCGGAGCUGAACAUGACUUCAAUAUGAAGAGACACAAUUCCGCCAUCAGCUGUUUCACCGGCAGCCUGCAACUUUUCUCCCACAUUUAGUUUGGAGCCUUUUAUCGGUGCAGAGAAAACACAAGUGGCGGCGUCCAGCCCGCACGGAAGCGCCGCGAGCUGGGCUGAGUCUCCACGGUUCUCAUGGUGUGUUUAAGUACAGCCUCCUGCUCGCAGCGCUCCAUCAUUCACUCUCGUAUUAUCGUGAGGAGGAACAACUAGAAGCGAAAUAUGGCAGAGGUAGCCCCAGCUCCAGCCGCCGCAGCUGCUCCGGCCAAAGCAGCCAAGAAGAAGGUGUCCAAGCCGAAGAAGGCUGGGCCCAGCGUCGGGGAGCUCAUCGUUAAAGCCGUGGCCGCAUCCAAGGAGCGGAGCGGCGUGUCCGCGGCCGCCCUGAAGAAGGCUCUGGCUGCCGGAGGCUACGAUGUGGAGAAGAACAAGGCCCGCGUCAACGCCGCAUUCAAGAGUCUGGUGGUGAAGGGGACUCUGGUCCAGACAAAAGGGAUCGGGGCCUCCGGCUCUUUCAAGAUCAACAAGAAGGCGGAGACCAAGCCCAAGAAGGAGGUGAAGAAAGCCGCUCCUAAAGCCAAGAAGCCCGCAGCUAAGAAACCCGCGGCGGCCAAAAAGCCCAAAGCAGCGGCAGCCAAGAAGCCAGCAGCCGCCAAGAAGUCUCCCAAGAAGGUAAAGAAGCCUGCAGCGGCCAAGAAGGCGGCCAAGAGCCCCAAGAAAGCUACCAAGAGCCCCAAGAAGGUGGUGAAGAAGGCCCCCGCAGCCAAGAAGACCCCCGUCAAGAAGGCCGCCAAGCCCAAAGUGAAGAAGGCUGCAGCCAAGAAGAAGUGAGCUGCUUCAAGACCAACAACGUCCCAACAAAAGGCUCUUUUAAGAGCCACCACAUCUUCCUCAAAGAGCCUGUUCCCACUCAUUCGCGUCAUUAACCACACGAUACAGUAAUUAUAUCGGGAGGAUGGGGGUGAAAGCACAUUAAGAAAUAAACUAACUUCAUUUUCUAAAAAGAAAAUGUAAAUGCAGGUCAGCCAGCCAUGUAUUCUCCAUCUUAUUUAAAUAGUUUUUCAUGCGUUGUAUUAAAAGGCUGUUUCUACUUGUGUUUGCUGUAGGACGUGAUACAAGACCCAACUCUUAACUUUGUCUUCAUUCAGCAACAAGCAAGCCCCUAAAUAUCUCAGAUUCAGUCUGAAGUGAAUGUGAGCAGCUGCUACUCGUCUGUGUGGAAGUUCAGGAUGAGACCGAGCCGCUCAACAUGACUAAUGUAUCGCGAGUGUUCGCCAACAUAUAGUCAGACAAUAAAGCACAUUUCUAAUUCUUCA